GACCGGGGGCAGACCCCUCGCGCAAAUUAGCGAGGUGGCCGGGAGGCGACUGGGGACCACAGCGAUACUCUGUGACUGUUGGGAAACUGUGUUUCCUUGUGUGGACGGAAGCCGAGCGGCUGCUCGUCCUUGGUCGGAGAUAUGGCGUUGACUCUGCCAAGCGAAGGGUCCGUGGCUGAAGAGGCUGGUGGACCGGCCGAGGAAGUGGACGGUAAAGUAGCGGCCGCAGCUCCGCUGGAAACGCCUGGUUGCUCCGGAGCGGGUGCUCGCGACGAACAGGGAAGCCGCUCUGAAUCCAGCUGUGGAGGUAACGAAGAGGUGGAGGAUGAGGAAGAGGUGAUGGAGGAAGGGACUGCAGGAGGGGGAGCCGCAGCCCUCUUCGGAGGAUUUGGCACGGAGGAGGGCGAAAUGGAUUGCGACGAGGAGGACGAGCGCAUGAUUAAUCUUUCUGAACUGGUACCAUAUAUCAUGUGUUCCAUCUGCAAGGGAUAUUUCAUAGAUGCCACAACUAUCACAGAAUGUCUUCAUACAUUUUGUAAAAGCUGCAUAGUAAGACAUUUUUACUACAGUAACAGAUGUCCAAAAUGCAACAUUGUAGUACAUCAAACACAGCCGCUUUAUAAUAUCAGACUGGAUCGACAAUUGCAAGACAUAGUAUAUAAAUUAGUUGUCAACCUGGAAGAAAGAGAAAAAAAGAGAAUGCAUGAUUUCUACAGGGAAAGAGGUUUAGAAAUACCCAAACUUGCUGUACCCCAGGCAAUGGCAGCGGGCAGGGGGAGACCCCGCAAGGUUGUAGGAUCAGUAUUCCGUAUUCCUCCAGAACUUGACAUGUCACUUCUUCUGGAAUUUAUUGGAGCAAAUGAUGUCUCUGGGAAUUUUAAGCCACUGGAAAAAAAGUUUGUACGUGUUUCAGGAGAGGCAACAAUUGGGCAUGUGGAAAAAUUCCUCAGAAGAAAGAUGGAUCUUGAUCCUGGCUGUCAGGUUGACAUAAUAUGUGGUGAUCACUUACUGGAACAAUAUCAGACUCUAAGGGAAAUCCAAAAUGCUCUAGGGAAGAGUGCAGUGCAGGAUGGGUUACUUAUACUACACUAUGGACUGAUUCUUAGUGGAGAUUCCACAUUUUAAAAAUCUCUUAAAUUUUCAGAAGACGUUUGAAAGAACAAAACCUCAUGUGAGAACUGCAGCAAAAAAAAAAGCCAUUUUAUUUAAAUGAAUUUAAAGAAAUGUACUGUGUUUGCUCUGCAUAAUAAUUAAGGAAAUGAUUUAAAGCAGUGAGAAAAACAAACAACUAUACCAGUAAGUAAGCUAUAAAUACUUCAGUGCUCUUGUAUCAUCAGCGCCUAGCUCAGGGAAGAAGAAACAUAUAAACAAAAAAGAAUUCAUUCUAAAUAUGUAGAUCUUGUGGCAUUUGUGACUGGGCAGAGUUGUACUUGAGACCACAAUUUAUCCAAAAGUCUUUAAAUAUAUUUGCAGUACUUUUCUCAGGGAUGAUCUCUUGGACCACAAUGUCUUAUUGGGAAAAACAUGCAUUAUUCAUAGGGACAUUUGAAUUUUGUUUUAGCUGUCAGUUUAGAAAUAAAACGACUUUUAGAUUUUUCCCUACAGAAAAAAAUGGGACUAAUCACCCUUUACAAAUUGCAAGGAUUUUUCUAUAUGAAAAAUAUUGAAAUGGGUAAUAUCCCACAUACUAGAACAAGAAAAGAAAUAAAUCUAUGUUGCAUGUAGAACAUCACUGAUUGAAUAGCAAUGUAAAUGUAAAAGUAGAUGAGACAAUGAAUUGGGCUGCAUUGGAACAGGUGUUCCACUGUUGUUUAUACCUCCAAUGUCAGUGGGAAAAUAAAUAGACCAUAUGCUUUCCAAAUGUUUAAAACAGUAAACUUAUUCCCCAGGUAAUAAAUGUGCACUUAAAUAAUAGAUUAGGAGCUGGCUGAAUGGUAGCAAUAAAAUAACAGCCAGAAUAAUGGUCUUAUAAAAAUAUGAAUUUGAAUUUCAUAUGAAUAUGAAUAUGAAAAUAUUACAGUGUUUGUUACUUUUUUAAGUUGAUCAAGUAAAUAAAUGAGUUAAUGUUACCUCAGUUUAUAAAAAUAUAAAUAUUGCAAAAUCUGUUAUAAGCAGACAAUUGAAAUUGGAAUUAAUGCAGAAAAACGGGGUUUUCUGACAGAAAAUUUGGCAUAACUUUUGUAGUGAAAAAUCUGCAUUGCCAAAUAGAAAUUUUUUUGGAAUGCCAGCUGGGGAUGCUGCAUUACAUAUAUUUGAAUAUCUAAGUAGGCACAGAGUCAGGGAGUUAAUUUAAGUCUUGAAUAUGCUACUAGAUUUUAUGUUUACUUUGUUGCAAAGAUUGUUACGGACUCAUGAGAGGAUUGUCACAAGUGAAGCAUUAAGUUCAUGGAGAGAAGUAUGGAGUGUUUUCUUUUUACUAAUAACAUAUUUAUUACUGAUACAUAAUAUACCCACAAAUUGUCAAGCUUUGGUUGAGCAGUAUAGUGGCCAAGUUCUGGUCAUUAUUAAAUUCAGUUUGAGUUCCUGCAUGUAUUUAUAGAGCUAAAAUUUAUACAGAACAUGUUAACUAUAAAAAUCAAGAGCUGAUACAUCACUUCUGAACAGAAGAACUAAUGCAUUGUAUGAAUUUAAUGCAUCGUAUCAUUUAAAGAAAACAAAUGAGGCAUUUCAGUGGGAAAUGGUAUGAAGAAAACAAUUGAAGCAGUUUUUUUCUUGUAAAGCUAGAAGAGUUCAUGACCAUGCAGCUAGCUAUAGCUAAUUAAGAGUAGCGUCAAGAAACAAGAGGCUUGCCUUUAUAACUUUAAGAAUUCACUGCCUAAGAGGUGCUUACUACUGAUUUAGGUGGUUUUCUGUUAGCUUUUUCUGUAUUUCCAGAAUCAGAGUAUCUUGCUGAGUAUUGCAAGAAAGCAAUCUUUCUGAAAUCUGUAUAUAGAGAGACCUUUAAUCCUCCUAGACUUCUUCUUUAUACUUGGAGCACUUUCAGUAAUUGGUCUAAGCCAAAAUAUUUUUCACAUUCUACAUUAAUAGAUUAUUGGGAUGGGAUACAUAAGAACAAGUGAUCAAGUCUGUUGGCUGGUGCAGUUUAGAUUAUCAAAAGAGGAGUUUUCUGUAUUUGUAUGUAUAUUGCCUAUAUUACAUCAUACAGUAUUUUGGAAGGCUCUUAUUUCUCUUUUGAAGGGGAGUCUACAUUCCAAAUUGAUCUUUGAAUAAACUAUUCAAAUAUUGUUAAUGC